GGGAGAUGUGGAGAGGCAUGGCCUGGCUUUCCUUCUACCUCUUAAAUGUUCUCUGGGCUGUGGCAGGAACCAGUACCAGAGCCCAGCGUUCUUGCUCUGUCCCCCCAGAUCAACAGCCCUGGGUCGAUGGCCUACAAUCGCUCAUGGAAAACUCAGUAACUGAGUCAGACUUCCCAAACCCCAGCAUCCUGAUUGCCAUGAACCUGGCCGGCACCUACAACCUGGAGGCCCAGAAGCUCCUGACUUACCAGCUCAUGGCCAGUGACAGUGCAGACCUGACAAAUGGGCAGCUCGCCCUCACCAUUAUGGCUCUCACCUCCUCCUGCCGAGACCCUGGAAGUAAAGUGUCCAUUCUACAAAAGAAUAUGGAGAGCUGGACACCUUCAAACCUGGGUACUGAAUCCUCGUCCUUCUAUGGGCCUGCCCUGGCGAUCCUCGCACUGUGUCAGAAGAACUCAGAGGCAACCUUACCCAUCGCGGUGCGCUUCGCUAAGACCCUCAUGAUGGAAUCCUCUCCCUUCAGUGUGGACACAGGAGCAGUGGCAACCUUGGCCCUCACAUGCAUGUACAACAGGAUUCCUGUGGGUUCUCAGGAAAACUACAGAGACCUGUUUGGUCAGGCACUGAAGGUUAUUGUGGAUAAUAUCAGCUUGAGGAUCAAAGCUGAUGGUAUUAUUGGAGACAUCUACAGCACUGGCCUUGCCAUGCAGGCUCUCUCUGUGACACCUGAGCAACCUACCAAAGAGUGGGAUUGUGAGAAGACUAUGUAUACGAUACUCAAGGAGAUUAAGCAGGGGAAAUUCCAGAACCCCAUGUCCAUUGCCCAGAUUCUCCCUUCCUUGAAAGGCAAGACUUACCUAGAUGUGCCCCAAGUAACGUGUGGCCCUGAUCAUGAAGUGCCACCAACUUUAACUGACUAUCCUACCCCGGUCCCCACUUCAAUAUCUAAUAUCACAGUCAUAUACACCAUAAACAACCAGCUGAGGGGGGUUGAUCUGCUUUUCAAUGUGACCAUCGAGGUUAGUGUGAAAAGUGGAUCUGUGCUCCUUGCUGUCCUGGAAGAAGCGCAGCGCAGAAACCACAUGUUCAAAUUUGAAACCACAAUGACAUCCUGGGGCCUUAUUGUCUCUUCUAUCAACAAUAUCGCUGAAAAUGUUAAGCACAAGACCUAUUGGGAGUUCCUUAGUGGCAAAACACCUUUGGGUGAAGGGGUUGCGUACUAUAUUCCCUUCAACUACGAGCACAUCACAGCCAACUUCACCCAAUACUGA